ACUUCCACGUUAAAGUCAAACUGAAGAUGUCAAAAAUAGGAGUUUAUCCAAGGCUUUUGCCAAUUGAAUUAACAUUUUUAUUCAUGUUCAAAUGUCAUCUGAGAGCUGGCUCAACAUCUUACAAGAGAUCUAAACUUAGAAAGAAAAGAAAAAAGAAGUGAAACACUCUUAUUUGAGAAAUUGCACUAUCUUUUUGAGAGAUACAUUUAACAACAUUUGUCAAAGUUUAAUAGUAUAGAUUUUACUUUAUUAGGUGUUCAAAGAACGAUUUUAUUUUAUUUCAGUAUUAAUAUUUAGUUUGAUAAAUUCAAUAGAUUUAUCACAAAUAUUUUAAUUCUAUAACAUGGGUAAUGUCAAAACUUGAAUUAUUUAUUUUCUCAACAUAAUAUUAAUUCUACGAAAUUUAAAAUUAUGACUUUAACCAAACGAAUAAUGGUUUUGUAAGUAAUAUAGUCAAGAUUCCGAAGAGAUCGUCCCCUCAAAGUCAAUGGCGGCAGAAUCUCCACUCGUCCUCGUCCACCGGCCACCGACUAUGAAAUACAUGGACGAGCCUCUGACUCGUUACUACCGGAUUCUCACCACCCACACCUCCUCAGACCCACUCCCGCUCUUCCUCUCCCCUCACGCCUCCUCCGUCAGAGCCGUCGUCAGCAUCGGCAGGUUCAAGAUCGACGCCGGCUUCCUCUCCCGCCUCCCUUCUCUCCAGCUCAUCGUCUGCACCAGCGUCGGCACCGACCACGUCGACCUCCCCGAAUGCAACCGCCGAGGCAUCGCCGUCACAAACGCCGGCGGAGCUUACUCGGAAGACGUGGCGGAUUACGCCGUCGGUUUGCUGAUUAGCUUCCUCCGUCGCAUUCCGGCGGCUGAUCGUUACGUCAGGUCGGGUAAGUGGGCGAGAUGCGGAGAGUUCCAGCUUGGAAUCAAGUUAAGUGGGAAGCGAGUUGGGAUACUUGGACUAGGGAGCAUAGGGUCCCUUAUCCCUUACCAGUACUAUCCUGACGUUGUCUCAUUAGCAGCAAACAGUGAUGUCAUCAUCCUCUGCUGCGCCCUGAACGAUCAGACGCGCCACAUUGUGAACAGAGAAGUGAUGGAGGCUCUUGGGAAGAAAGGGGUUAUAAUCAAUGUGGGACGAGGAGGGCUGAUUGAUGAGAAGGAGAUGGUUAAGUGUCUUGUCGAUGGUGUGAUUGGUGGUGCUGGUUUAGAUGUGUUUGAGAAAGAACCGGGAGUUCCUGAGGAGUUGUUUGGUCUGGACAAUGUUGUCUUGUCUCCACAUGCUGCUAUGGCCACGCCAGGGUCUUUGAACAAUAUUGCGCAGCUUACUUUGGCUAACUUGAAGGCCUUUUUCUCGAACCAGCCUUUGAUUUCUCCGGUUCGGUUAGAUUGAGAGAUCGUCCGGUUUGAUUAAAAGGGCUAAUAAGCAAUCUAUAUUUUAGUUAUAUUGAACAAUAUGAUUGAAUAAGGGGUGUAUUUGAUCAUUGACUCCCCUAUGUAGGAGAAGGCAGAAUAUUAAAAUCAAGAUGCUAAUGUGUAACUGUUGGAGCGACCUGUGGAGGUUUUAAAUAAAAAUUUAAAUUACUUUAAGAUCAAA